GAACCCGCGGCAGCCUGCAGAGACCAGCCUCUGACGCUGGCUGCCACCUGUCUCCUGACUACUGUUUGUGCUGUUGGAUGAGAGGGUUGGACAAGAACCUGAACCCUCAGCUGUGAAGUGGGGACCAUAAUCGUAGAUCCUAUUAGAGGGCUGUUACUGAGGACAUUAAGUCAUCGGCGUUGGUUAACGUUUUAUGGCACUGCUGUUGUAGCGUGGGUACCUUAUGCAGACUUCUGGUAGACGGCCAGCAAGAGGUUCUGCCCUUCAUAUACCGGGCCAUAGGUUCGAAGCAUCUUCCUGCUAGUAAUAUCAGCUUUUUACAUUUUGACUCACAUCCAGACCUCCUUAUUCCUGUGAACAUGCCAGCAGACACUGUGUUUGAUAAGGAAGCACUCUUUGGAGAAUUAAGUAUUGAAAAUUGGAUAAUGCCUGCAGUUUAUGCUGGCCAUUUUUCUCAUAUAAUAUGGCUUCAUCCCACAUGGGCUCAGCAAAUCACAGAGGGCAAACACCACUUCUUAGUAGGCAAAGACAUUUCUACCACCACAAUCAGGGUUACCAGUACCGACUAUUACUUCCUAAGUGACGGUCUGUUUGUACCUGAAGACCAGCUGGAGAACCAGAAACCCUUACAGUUGGACGUGGUCGUGGUAGAACCUCACAGACUCUGUAACCAUCAAGAGGACAGUGACUCCGUGUCUUCUGCCAAGAAGCCUAAGCUGGCACUGGGCGGUCGAGAGAGCGCGGCCGCCGCUAACGGGGACCCCUGCUCAGAAGGACCACAAGGGGAUACAGUGACCCCACCGAGUGACCGUGCUUGCCCGGAGCCAUCAGGCCCCUGUUCCUCUGGAGGCCAGCAGUGCCAGAGCACAGCCAGCACUGGAGAGAUCCUGGAAGUGCUGAAGAAUGGAGAUGCAUUUGUUCUAGACAUUGACUUGGAUUUUUUUUCUGUCAAAAAUCCCUUCAAAGAAAUGUUCACGCAGGAUGAGUACAAAAUUCUACAGGAGCUUUACCAGUUUAAAAAGCCCAAUAGUAACCUUACUGAGGAAGAUUUGGUAGAUAUUGUUGAUACUCGGACUCGUCAACUGGAAGAUUUAGAAGCAAUUUUUGCUGAUUUAUGUGACGGUGAUGGUGAAGAAACUGUACAGAGAUGGGCCUCAAACCCCGGAAUGGAAUCACUAAUUCCACUUGUACAGAGUUUGAAAAAACGGAUGGAAGUACCAGACUAUGAAAUGGUUCACCAGGCUGGGCUAACCUGCGAUUAUUCCGAACUCCCUCAUCACAUCAGCACAGAAGAAGAAAUUGAGUGUCUUAUUCAGUCUGUGUAUUCUUUACUGAAAAGUCUUCCAAAGCCUACUCUUGUGACAAUUGCAAGGUCAAGUCUGGAUGACUACUGUCCUCCUGAACAAGUUGACACCAUUCAGGAAAAGGUCCUCAGUGUGCUGCACUCACUCUAUGGGACCCUGGACACUCACCUGGUGUAUUCAGAAGAGUCUCCGUCAUGUUGAGACACACAGAGCACUAGGUAAGAUGGUGUGUAAAGAAAAAAGCUCAACCUCCGUCAUUCCUGCUCAGCAUAGCAGUUUUUCAUUUAUGCAGAUCAGUUUCAGCCCUCAUCAGCACGUGUUCCUCUAGAGUGUGUAGACAGAAUCAGAGUUACUUGGAUGCAGCUAGUACUCCAGGACACAUGACCAUUGUCAUUCGGAACAUGGAAGCAUAUUCGGUUUUUAUAGUAGCCAUAUUGUCUUUUGGUGGAUUCUCUUGACACUAUGAAAGCUUGUUUGUAUUGUGUAAGCAGAGCUAACUGAUUUAGCCUUCCAUUUUGAUACAUUAUGUACCCAAAAGGUUUAUGUUCAUACAAAUUUAGAAUUGUAAAAUUGUGCUAGUUGUUUUUAAAUUUUGAAAACUUUCUGUUAGAGUUCUGUAAAUAGGCAUUACUUUAAUGAAUAAAUUAUUCUGUGUGCUAAAUGAAAUUAAAUGAUAUGUUUGGAAGUUUUAAGGCUUUUAUGUUAA